CGGAAAUAAAACAAAAUAAAAAUUGAAUAUUUAUAUUGCUCGCCUGCAAAGUCAUAAAAUUUUCAUUACUCUGUGAAAACUAUGGGAAAAUGCAUUAAUAAAAUCAUGUGUAAAGAUGACAACAAAUUGGAUGAAGCUGAAAAGUGAGCAGAGCUGUCCCAACUGCAGCUACAGCAUCUACAGCAGCCAAAAGCUAAGAAUGCUGGCCCUGGACUACGUUGGAGUCGUUGGCUGUGCGGCACUCGCUUUUGUUCUAUACUUAAACACAUUAAACGCCGGAUUUGUCUACGAUGACAGGCGCGCCAUCUUGGGCAAUGCGGAUGUAACUGGAGCCGGGCCGCUGGCUCAGCUGCUGCAGAAUGAUUACUGGGGCACACCGCUGACGGACAGCGGCUCCCAUGGCUCCUGGCGUCCGCUAUGCGUGCUGGGCUUUCGUCUCAAUUUCGUGUUGGGCGGUGGCACUGCCUGGUCGUUCCAUCUGAUCAACGUGCUGCUGCAUGGCCUGGCCACCGUCUUGGUGGUGCACGUGGCACGCACCCUGUUGCCCACACGUGCGGGCGUCUGGGCCGCUGGCUCACUCUUUGCCGCCCAUCCCAUUCACACGGAGGCCGUGGCCGGUGUUGUGGGUCGCGCGGAUUUAAGUGCCACAGUUUGCUGCCUGUUCGCCUACCUGAGCUAUCGCCGGCACAUGCUGCACAGGGACUGGCACUCGCUGGCCCUCACACUGCUGCUGGCUUUAGCGGCGCUGCUCUGCAAGGAGACGGCCAUUACGAUGCUGCUGCUAUGCGGACUAUGCGACGUGCUGUGCGGUCUGCACGUGAAACAUGCCGGAGAUGACAAGCAUCGUCUGCGCUCGCUCUCUAUUCUGAGCGUCGCUCUGCUCUGCGCCGUCUACUGUCGCCUCAGCAUUGUGCCACGCCCCUCGACUGCAUUCUCAGCCGCCGACAAUCCGACGGCCCACGAAUCCAGCUGGUGGACACGCACACUCAGCUACCUGUACCUGCCUGUGGCAAACUUUCAGCUGCUACUCUGGCCGCAACACCUGAGCUUCGAUUGGGGCAUGGAGGCCAUACCGCGCAUCAGAACGCUGUGGGAUGCGCGCAAUGUGCUAAGCAUAGCAUUUUAUGGCAUCUUGUUGGCCGUGACCUGCAAGGGCAUUCGCUGGCGCUGCACUGCCAGCAGCUCCGUGGACUAUGCAGCUGUGGCGAGCAUUUCGCUGCCGCUGUUGCAGCGUCUGGGUGGCAACAGCUGCCAGGCAUGGCACGGACUCGUCUGCGCUUGCCAUCAUCAGCUCAAACAGCAGCAGCAACGAUCGUCGCUGCAGCAGCACAAAGCUGCAGCCAUCAGCAGUAGCUGGUCUUCCUGUGCCGCCUCCUCUUCCAGCUCAGCCACAGCUACAUCCGCAUCGGAGUCUGUGUUAGUUAUUUGCAUAGCCUUUUUAGUGCUUCCAUUUAUACCCGCCUGCAAUUUGUUCUUCCACGUGGGCUUCGUGCUGGCCGAGCGUUUACUAUAUUUGCCCAGUGUUGGGUACUGCCUGCUUCUAGGCCUGGGCUUUGGCCGGCUCUGGCAGCGUCUGCACAGCUCUGUUCACAGGCAGUUGCUGCUCUGCUGUCUUGGCCUGCUGCUGGGUACCUUUUGCCUGCGCACAAUGCAACGCAAUCGCGACUGGCAGAACGAGGAGCAGCUGUUCCGUAGCGCUGUUGCCAUCAAUCCACCUAAAGCUCUGGGAAAUCUGGGCAGCGUCUUGAGCAGCCAGGGACGCUAUGAGGAGGCCAAGCAGGCGCUGCAAUCGGCCCUGGCACACCGACCAGCUAUGGCAGAUGCGCACUUUAAUCUGGGCAUCGUGCAUCAGCAGCAACAGAACUAUAGCGCCGCUUUGCCCUGCUACCGCCGGGCCAUACAGCUGCGUCCACAGUUAGCGCAGGCCUAUUUAAAUCUGGCCACCACGCUGCUGGCCUGGGACGGGGGUCGGCAUGAGGAGGCAGCCGCCGUGCUGUUGGCGGGCGCACGGCUAUUGGGGCAUGGCGUGCGCGAUCGCAGCGCCCAUGAGGAGGCACGGCACAAUGCGUACCUGCAAUUAAGUGCGCUGCACCGCUCGCAGGGCCGUAGCCAACUGGCCGUGGAAGUGCUCAACGAGGCGCUGGCCACGUUGCCCUUGGAGCGGCGGCAGCAGCGCGCCACGCUGCAUCAACGGCUAGCGGCGUUGCAUGUCGAGCUGCAGCAGUGGCAGGAGGCGGAGGCGCAACAGAAAUUGGCACUGCAGCUGCAGCCAAGCGAAGGCGUUGCAUAUGUGUCUUACGGCCAAGUGCUGGCCAGAAAUUGCAGUCGCUAUGCGGAAGCGGAACUCUGGUUCAAGCGCGCCGUGGAGCUAUCCCCCCUAGAGCCUAGCACGCAUCAUCAUUAUGCUGACUUCCUGGAGCAACAGCAGCGCACGCAGGAGGCGCUAGCUUAUCGCCUGCGCGCUGCUGCUUUGGCGCCCCAUAACUAUGCCCUGCAGUCAGCCGUGGCCGAUGCACUGCGUCUGCUCAAUCGGCUAGCCGAGGCGGAGCUGUGGUAUCGCCAGGCAGCUGCACUGCAGCCGCAGGCGGCACACGCUCACGCCAAUCUGGGCGCCAUUCUGCAAAUGCGUGGCCAGCGGCAGCAGGCGGUCGAUUGUUAUCGACGAGCCUUGCAACUGCAGCCGGGGCAUGCCACGAGUCGAGCGAAUCUGGCCAAAAUGAAUGUCAACAUCGAUGCGAGCACGUAGCAGCGGCUCAAACAAUAUAAUCAAUGAAACUUCACUAUUGCCAAUCAAAAAGGAAUUAACAAAGGUGUA